AUGUCUAACGAAGAUUCCAAGUAUUUUUUUAUGAACACAUAUUCAUAUGAUUCCCCUAAUAUUAAUCCUCAAGCAACACUUGAGGAGAUUAUGAAAAACCCACCUUUGAAACUCUCUUUACCAUUAGAGAAACUGCUCGCUCCAC